UGUCUCAUAGUUAGGGUUAGGGUUUUAAUUUCUUUUUUGGUAGCUUCCACUUUGUUUCUUUCCCCUCAUCUGUGUCAUCCAAAAAUGGUGUGAUGCUAUUCUCUUCUGUCUCUCGCCUCUGAUGAUGAACCCUCUCUCAAUGCUUCUUUCACCCUCUUCUGCCACUCCAAGAAUUAUUGCAUCACAAAGAAUGAAGACAACAAUCCAAGGAGAGGGCUAGUCUUAUCCUUAAUAUUCCAUUCUCUUUCUUUCAUUCAUUCUAUCAUCUCAGACCACUUUCAAGAGAGAGGAAAAAAAUCAUCAUGGGCAGCAAGAGUUCCGAAAAUUCGACAUACAACCCCAGUUCAGAUAAGGACGAGGAGGAGGAGGAGGAUCAAGAAGGAACCCCAAGAAAUGGAGGGAGCUCGAGCAAUAGCACAGUGGACGAGAGCGAGCGGAAGGCGAGCUCAGGGGGAUCGGUUCGACAGUACAACCGAUCCAAGACUCCAAGGCUGCGGUGGACGCCUGACCUCCACCUUUGCUUUGUUCAUGCUGUUGAGAGGCUAGGUGGCCAAGACAGGGCAACUCCUAAGCUUGUUCUACAGUUGAUGAAUGUUAAAGGGCUUAGCAUAGCUCAUGUCAAAAGCCACUUGCAGAUGUAUAGAAGCAAGAAGAUAGAUGAUUCUGGCCAGGUUAUAGGUGAAUCAAGGAAUGAGCUUGGGAGAGAUCAAUAUGUUACCAAUCUACGCCAACUUCCAAUGUUACAUGGAAUUCAACAAAGGUCUUUCACCAAUUCAAGAUAUGGUAGUGUUUCAUCUUGGAGUACUAGUCAUGGAUAUUGGAUGCACAAUAGGCUCCUUGAUAGAGCCAAUAGUGCUACUAUUGGAUCAAGGGUUUAUGAUUCAACUGCAGAGAUGAUCUUUGGAAGGUGCAAUAGAUACCGAGAUUUCCAAAUGGAAAGAUCCAUGCUUAAUCGAGCUAAUAGCGAAGGAUUUAACGAACCAUCGACAGCGUUUGAAUGGCUCAAUGAUCACAAAUUUGGAAGUACUGUCAAGAGAUCACUUCACGAUGAGCACGAUAAAGGGCUAGAUUUAGAUUUAUCUCUCAAUAUCGGAUCUAAAAAGGCAAGGAGAGAAAGGAAUUGUGAGGAGGAAGAAGAAGUGGACAGUAGAUUAUCCCUCUCUUUAUUCCCUCCUUCAAGACAAGAGAAGUGCUCUAGAGAUAUUGAGAAGGACUCAAAGGUUAGUAAUGAAGAGCAUGAAAGAGGAACAAGUACUCUAGAUCUGACUAUAUGAGUGAAAUGUGGUGAGAUCUUGUUAGUACUUGCCAAAAGAGGAGGUAAUAGCCAAACUCUUGUUCUCUUCAGUUAUUUGUUUCUAUUUUGUACUUAUCAUAUAGGUAUAUAUAUUUUAUAACGUAGUAGGACAAUGUAUUUAUGUGCUAUCUGGCUUCCAAUCUUUGCAAUACUCAUAUGAAACUAAGUUGAAAGAAAGUAAUAUAUUGUCUUGAUUGCACA